AUCGUUGUUUUCUAUUAUUAAAGUAUUAUAUUUUUGUUUUGUAUUUUUAUUAUUUAUUAUUUGAUUUUAUAAUAAAAUGAAAUAUUAUAUCAGAUUACACAAAUAUGAUUAUUUCACAUUUAAUUCAUACACAAUCUUAUCUUAUCUCAAAUAUAUCAAGAGGAUAUUCUAAUGUUUCCCACAUUUUUAAAUUUUUUCCUUUAUAUCGCAAAUUCAACUGUUUUUAUUCAACACUUAAUACAUACCCAAACAAUAUUUAUAAAAAUCAAAAUUUACAACACUCAACUCCUACUUUAAAUACUAAUCAUGUAGAACACUCUCAUAAUGUCGAGGAUUCCAUAAUAUUAGCUCAUGAUUCCGCGACUUUAAACUUAAAUCAAAAGCAGUUGUGUAGAAGCUCUCACAAGAAUUUCCUAUUAUACUCAUAUAACAACUUUGACUUUGAUACAAUAAUUAAGAUCAAUAACCAGGUUCUGGCACCUUAUCAAACAUCGCCUAAAAGGAAAACUGAAGUUCAUAGGAAACAGUAUUUAUCAAAGUUCUUAAAAUGUAUAUCCAAGCAUAAGCCAACGUCAGACCAUGAGAUGGUCAGUAGAUGGUUAAUAAGGUGUAUUGAUUUGUUAACAUCGCAUGAUAUGUACUCAAUGUUAAGAGUUCGAUAUAUACUAAACUAUGAUAAUUCAUUUGAAACUCUGAGAUCAUCGUAUGGAAUUGACACACUAGAGAAGUUUUCAAAUGUGCAGAGAGCAAAGGAGAUUCGCGAAAAGGUGUUGGAAGAGAAGGCGUCGAAAAAUAAAACUGCGAAAAGAAAUUUGCUGAUGAGAUACCUGAAGAUUAACAAAAUAAAGUUCCUUAGGGAUCAGAACAUAACGAAAGCCGUGUAUGAGGCAAGCAUAGAGUGGAAUGACCAGAGUAUAAAUAAUAAGAAAAUGGAAGAGUCGAGAUAUGCAUUCAUAUAUAACUUACCAUUUAUUGAGUUUGACGUCUUGAAAGAAAAGUUAACUGAGGUGUUAUCGAAGUUUGGUCGUUUGAAGAAUAUAGAGAUAAUUGAUGAUAGAGUGCCGCCACUGGCAAGACUUGCAAACCCAAACAAUAUGAGUAAAAAUCACAGUUAUGAUCCAAAGGAUAAGUAUUCACCAUUAUACGCUAUAGUUGAGUUUGAAAAUAGUGAGGAUAGAAACUCACUUUGUUCUCCUAACAUUAGAGUGUUUGGAAUCCUGUUCUUUGGGAGGAUGAUAUAUCCAGAAUUUGCGGAAUACAAGCAUAGCUUAAUAACAGCUAUUUAUCCCCCAUUUAAGAAGAUGUCAGGAGCACUGCAGUUUAUAGCAAACACAUUGGUGGAUAUAUAUGAUGAUUCAGAUUAUGAUAAUCAAACCCAUGAGUUUAGCACGUGUAAAAUAACACCGUUGGCAAGGAGGAAGAAGAAAAAUAGUAGUUCAAUGGUAGUUACAGCUGAAAAGAAUAUCAAAGAGUCAAACACACCAGAGGAAAAUAAACAAAUUAAAGAUAACCAUAUAGACCCAUCAAUGAUGGAAGAUAUCAAAAAAGAUUCAUUAACAGAUUUGGACCCUCAGUGGAUAGUUCUAAGGUUUAAUAACUUCAAAAAUGCAUAUUACGCGAGACAAAAAUUAGUGGAGCAAAUAUCAAGUGAGCCUAGAAGCUUCGUGUCAUUUGAUACAAAGAGAUCAGUGUUCCACAACGGGGAGUACAUUGAUUUACCGUUGUUCCGAUAUAGCCAAGAUAACGAAACUGAUAUAACGUAUACAAACCUUGCUAAAAUACAAACUGAAAUUGACUAGAUUUAUAAAUUGUAAAUUAAUUUUCUGUAUAUUAUUA